UUUGAGGGUAAAAAUCCGGCGUCUUUCCUGGUUGGCGGCGGCGACAGCGGUGGCGGUCUACCUCAACACGCCCCGCCUACUUCACCCCUCGACCACCCACACAACGACCCCGCGUCUUUACUUUUACACUCUUUCUUAAUGUCAGAAUAACUCGCGACGCGAAAAGAACGAACGCGCGCGCGGUUGCCGAGUGACCGACCUGUGGCUUAAAACCGACUUUUCACACACACGCAAUCGUUGUCAAGAAUCGUCUCGUUCGCACCUCCGUUGUGAAUCGGUUCCGUUUUUGCAUCGAAAAUAAAAACGGCGUCGUCGGCGUGAUGACAUCGCCCCGUAAUGGGCCAAAGCGAGAGGUAGAGCGUAAUUAGAAAAACAUAUCGCUGACUGGUCGUGGCAGGCGGGGAGAAAAGCGUCGCGGGAAAACCCCACGCGCACUUUUCCAGCUGCGGUCCACCGCCACAGCAUCACAGCCGUGAUUUUUCAUCGCAUUUCCGCGCGGUGCGCUGGCCGCGUCAUGCCGCGAAGAAGUUGACCUCCAUGCAUCUCGCGACGGGAGAAGUCACCUCCACCACCGGUCACUACGACCGGAGCUAUGGCAAUCUGACGGCGGAGAUGCUCGCCGAGAGGACCAUCGACGGGCUGCUGGCGGAGCACCCGGGGGAGCUGGUGAGGACGGGCAGCCCGCACGUGGUCUGCACGGUGCUGCCGCCGCACUGGAGGUCCAACAAGACGCUGCCGGUGGCCUUCAAGGUGGUGGCCCUCGGCGACGUGGGCGACGGCACCGUCGUCACGGUCAGGGCGGGCAACGACGAGAACUAUUGCGCCGAGCUGAGGAACUGCACGGCGGUCAUGAAGAACCAAGUCGCCAAGUUCAAUGAUUUGAGGUUCGUCGGCAGGAGCGGAAGGGGGAAGAGCUUCACGCUGUCGAUUAUCGUGUCGACGACGCCGCCCCAAAUCGCGACUUAUAAUAAAGCGAUUAAAGUGACGGUGGAUGGGCCAAGGGAGCCCAGGUCGAAGACGAGACAGCAAGGGUUUCACCACUUUCCCUUCGGGCCAAGGACCUUCGCGCCGGAUCCGCUGGCAGGGAGUCUGCCCUUCAAACUCAGCGGCAUUGCUCAUCAUCUGGCGGGACUUCCGGGGCCCCCGCCCGAGUGGGCCAUGCUAGGGGGGCGACAUCCGUACCCCCCAGGACCCUUCGUUCCUCACCACCACCCGCACUUUCCUCCCCAUAUGUUUGCAGCGCUCGACCGUCCAAUUAACACCUCACCGAGAAUAGCAAACGAGCCCAGCUCGACCUCCCUGGGCCCCAUCUCCAUCAACUGCACCCCGGCCCACAGCACCACCUCCCCCAAGACCUCCCCCACGCAAGUGGGCCUUCUCACAACCGCAGGCGCCCCGCUUUCGCCACCUGAAGAUGACAUAUCCGUAACAGCAUCGCCGACUCCGUCCCCGCAGCCGCCACCGGCAUUUCCCGGGGCGCCUCCGCCCCCAAUCCAAAACAAUCAAUUGUUCAAUAACGCACUAGCCGCCAGCCUGUUCCUCAACGCUCCUUUACUUCCGCCCCCCGGCCAGUGGUUCUACUCGCAGUUUUACCCGCACGACUGGGCCUGGAUGAACCUGCGACACCACUCCCUGCUGCCGAGGAGCUCGUCGCCUCUCGAACUAGGUCACAAUCCCAACGGAUCGACCAAGUCGGAAGGGGUGGAUGACGAGGUCAAGUCCGACGACGGCAAGGCGAAGGAAGAGAAAAAGGGCAAGGACGAAGGGGUGAACCUGUCGCUGCAUAGGUGCAGGAAGGCGGCGAUCACGCUCGUGAGGCAGAAGGAGGAGGUCAGUUCGAGUGAAAAGGAGCACUUGAAGUGUAAUAGACUUGGGGACGUGUGGAGGCCCUAUUAGGAUAAAGCUUAGGGUAGAAUUGGUUAUAGUACUUAUCCGGGAUGGUAGGACUUUCGCCGAAAAUUAGAACAAGGGGCAAAAGUGACGGCUUGCAAAUUUUCCUCUCAAACUAUUUUUUUUCUAAGAUACUAUUACUAAAGCGGUACAACUGUUAGUUUGAGUGCCGCCUAAAAGUCCACUGACACAGCCACCCCUGAUAAUAAAUUCGGUUUAGGAUUAUUUUAGCUUAACACCUUGACAUGACUGCUGAUUUCUGUGGAUUGUCGAACGGUAUUUAAACUUCUAUUUUGUCUACAGAGUGUUCCAGCUCAGCUCUUCUGUGACACAGUUACAAAUGUUAUUUAUACUGUAAGACACAUUUUAGGAAAAUAUUUUUGAUUGAAUGUUCCAAAUAAAGUAUGACCUGAUAAUAUUUUUUUUUGCUCAUUAGGAUACUUUUUUAAUUUCUUAUACGUCCCUGAAGUAAUUUUCAAAUCGGUUUAGGGAUUGUUGUUAAAAAAAAUAAAAACCAAAAAAAUCGGUUACGUGAUUUCUCUUUAAUAUUAAAACUUAAUAAAAAAUAAAAACGGUGCUUUUUUAUGACAUUAUUACUAGGUUUGUGUUGAACAAGGUUUAGUUGACUAUUUAUUAAGUUUUGGUUGAUUUACAUUUAUAUAGAAUGUUUACAAUUUAUUUCCAAACUUUUUAAACUUUAGAGCUUUUUAUUUUGCUUAUUUUACAGCAACUUCUAAUUUAUUUAAUUUUAUAAUAUAAUUCGAUGAGGAAUUAGAAGCCGAUCUUUUUUUAUUUACAAUCUUAAAGCAAAUUGUAACACAUUUGGAGUUAUUUGCUAAAAAUAAAUAAAAAAAUUAAAACUAAUAACAAUAAAAAAUUGUAAAACUUUGUAGUAAUUCAAAUCAAUCAAUAGUAUAUUAUUAUUAUAAAUGUGAUGAAUUUUAUGGGGCGGUCAUGACACUACAAUCGACCAGGUGACUCGAUGUAAUUGUCGAUAAAUAUUGAACUUCGCAAGUCAGUUGUUCGAUUGUAGUGUCAUGGCCGCCCCGUAAAAUUUUCUCACAUUGAUUAUUAUACGUGUUUUAUAAGACGCUCUAUUGUGGCAUGGUUUUGGAGCACGACGAAGGAGUGUCACAAUUAAGUCUUAUAAAACACUACUUUUUUCUACUUUCUACUUUUGUUGUUUGUUUUAGUUUAGUUUAACUUCAAAAUCUGUUCAAUCUAUUUUUUCUUAAUUUAUUUGACAGCUACUCACUAGAUUGAUUGAACCGUUUUUUUUUUUUUAAUUUUUAACAGUUUUUAGAGACAUGUAAGAAGCUACAAGGGUAUUUUAACGAGCACAAAAAAUAGUAUGCUAUUAAAAAAUAUUAUUAUAACGUCACACUUUUUUUGAACACUGAUAAUCAAAAAAAUUUUUUGAAACACUUUGUUCUAGAGUAUAAAUGACAACCAAAAUAUCAAAACUCGAACUUUAAUAACAACUGGGCUACAGAAGACGGGAGCAGGGCUAGACCCUAUUUUUUUCUAAUUUUUUGGUAAAGUUUGUCCCAGUUGGUGGUACUUAGCACGUUCCAUAAUUCCAUGUAAAUAUUUUAGCUGAGUGGAUAUCACACUAGUCAUGAUUUAUGUCAGUCCCAAGCUCUUGUAAAUACAUUAAUGUACAUUCAGAAGUGUAAUUAGUUUUUAAACUUUUUACUUGAUGUAAUCUAUUUUGUUUGUAAAUAUGGAAUAAACCUGUUGUAUAAACGCA